CUGAAACAUUAUUUCUUUCAUUUCAUUUUUGAUUUUGCAGCAAUGAUGACUUUUCAGUGUCUUUCGAUGGAGGAUGGCAGAAAAGAGGUUCAGGGCGAUCUUAUUCAAGUUUGUCAGGACAUGCUGCAAUGAUAGGUAAAGAGACGGGAAAAUGCAUCGCCUAUGCAACAAGAAACAAGUUCUGCAGAGUGUGUGAAAGGGCAGAGAGGACAAAAAAAGAUAUCCCUGAACAUGACUGCAGGAAGAAUUGGUCAGGUAGUUCUAAGGCAAUGGAACCAGACAUGUGUAUAGGUAUGAUGAAGGAACUUCAGGAUAGCAACAUUCAUGUUGGAAACAUAAUUAUGGAUAACGAUUCCACAACAGUUGCGAGAGCUAGAGCUGAAGUAAAUCCGGCCCUAAAGAAGCAAUGUGAUAGAAAUCAUACUCUAAAACAAUUUACAAAUAAGCUAUACGAGUUGAAAAAAUCUAAAAACUACAAAGAAUUGAAUAGUAAGACAAUUCAACAUCUGUCAAAAUGUUUCAAAUAUUGCAUUUCCCAAAAUGAGAAUGAUCCCUCGGGUAUGAAGAAAAACUUAGAGGCAAUUGGAAGACAUGUUUUUGGUGAUCACAGUUUCUGUGAAUCCUGGUGUAAAUAUUUAGCUUCACCACUAACAUACAAACCUUGGCAAUUACCUUAUCACAGAUAUCUGAACAAUCAAGAUCUAAAGAGUGACUUGACAUCUCUACUCAGCUUAUACAUAUCACAGGCAGAUAAACUAGUAGACCUGGGCAGUACACAACCUAAUGAAAGCCUUAACAAUACCAUUGCUAGCAAGACUCCAAAACAAAACUUUUAUUCAGGAUCAGAAAGCAAUGAUUUCCGUGUUGCAGCUGCAAUUGCCCAAAAAAAUUUGGGUCAUCAUUAUGUUACAGAGGUCAAUGAGGUCUUGCUAUUAUCCCCAGGUGAAAUUACUUCUUCAAAAGCCAGAAAAAUAGACUUGAAAAGGAAGAGAACUAAAGAAACUGAAGAUACAAGUACUUACAAGAAAAAAAGGGCACAGAAAAAGAUGGACCAGCAUAAAUCACAAGAGUCAGCAGAAGUGAGGGAAGGAAGAACAUACGAACCAGACACAGAUAUGAACAACAAUACUGAUCCAAACAGCAUCAAGGAAAUACCUCCACCUCUCAGCAAACCUGUACCUACUCCUAUUACUGAGGGUCAAUACACAUUUGUAUAUUUUGACUUAGAAACUACUGGUUUAGGUGACGAUUGUGAAAUAACACAGAUCGGGGCCUCUGUCAAUGAUGAUGUGUUUUGUCAGUAUGUUUUGCCAUUGACUCAACCAAUUUCUGCUUCUGCCACAGCUGUGUCUGGUAUUGCUACACAGAAUGGUUGCAUGUACAAAAAUGGACAUGAAGUUCAGUGUAUGAGGACACCAGAUGCAGUGAACAAUUUUAUACACUGGCUUGGAAAAUUUGGGAAAGUAUUGCUUGUGGCUCAUAAUGCCAAGUUUGACUCUAGAGUUCUAGUGCAUGUGUCGAGUUCCAUCGGUAUUAGUGCGUCAGAACACAUAAGUGGGUUUGUGGACACAUUAUCUCUAUUUAGAGAACUUUACCCAGGCCGCAAGAGUUAUAAACAAGUGGACUUGCUGAAGGACCUGUGUGUGACUCAUUAUGAUGCUCAUGAUGCCAAAUCUGAUGCCUUGGCCUUACAAACUCUUUUAUUGUCUUUGUCAGUUUCAUGUCAGAUUAUGAUGAAGCAUAGUUUUUCUACAGAAUUUGUUGUAAAUAAUUUGAAUUUUUUGAUGAUGAAAAUGAGAAACAUGCAAUCAUUGCAAAAUCUUAUUGAUAAUAAGAUUUUAUCCAAGUUUACUGUAAACAAAAUUGCUGAAACAGGUCUUCAUUUCCAGCACAUUUUAUUAGCUUACCAGAGAGACAAAGAAAACGGGGUAAGAUCUCUGCUAUCAGAAAAAACAGGAGGAAAAGCAAGAGUGACAGGAAAUUCAAAAAUUAUUCAGUCUCUUCAGAAUCAUUUUAUGAAUAUGAAAACAUAA